GAGCUACGUCAUUGUCUUACCAAAGUAAUUUGGUGUCUGAGUUAUAUUGUUUUUAUGUCUUUUAAAAUAGUCAUUAUCGAAGGGAAUAACGUCAAUACAGCCGAUCCGAUUCCAAACCUUUGGACGGUUGUGUGUAUAGUAUCACCGCCGGCGCACUUGCUACAUUACAUCAAGCGCACCUACUGGUUGUCAACAGUUAUCGUGCAUGUGGAGCAGCCUUAUGGCUGCGUGUUUUACGGCAAUCAAACUUCGUCUUUAGUCGCUGUAUUCAGACGAGACUCGGCCGUCUGCAGUCAGUCAUAUAACCGAACCAACCAACAAUGGCUCAUCUAACUGAAAACCCCGCUGACAAAGAGAGGUUCAUCUGCAUCUAUCCCAUCUACAUCAACAGUAAGAAGACGCUGGCUGAAGGACGAAGGAUCCCCACAGAGAAGGCGGUGGAGAAUCCGUCCUGCGCUGAGAUCAGAGACGUGCUGACGGCGGCUGGGGUCAACGUCUACGUGGAGAACAAAAUGCAUCCCAGGGAGUGGAACAGGGACGUCCAGUUCAGAGGGCGUGUCAGAGUUCAGGUGAAGCAGGUGGACGGCAGCCUCUGUCAGGACAAAUUCUCCUCCCGUAAAGAUGUGAUGUUUUACGUAGCAGAGAUGAUCCCUAAACUAAAGACUCGCACCCAAAAGAGUGGAGGAGGAGACACCAGCUCUCAGCAAGGAGAGGGAGGAAAGAAGAGCAAGAAAAAGAAGAAAUAGAUGCAUAGAAAUUAUUAUUAUUAUUAUUAAUUUUAAAUAAUGAGGAAAAAAACAUGGAACUACAAUGAAGCCAGGAUUGUUGUUUUGAACUAUAGGCUUCCAAAAUGAAAAUGUUUCCCAUUUAAUUCUUUAUAUUUUCACUCUACUGAACAUUUCUACGGCCUGCGUGCUGUGGAACCUGCUCACAGCUGCUCAUGUAGUUUCCAAAAACGCUGAAAGAACUCAUUUCUGUAGUUUCAAAUUUCAAAGUGGACACUGUGCUUCUUUUUGUUACACCUUGUCUCUCUUCCUCCAGUUUUUUUUUUUUUUUUACUUGGUUGUCUCCUUGAAGGCAGAUAAAUAAAGAGUUAAUUUUCUCUA